AUGUGCUACACCAUGCUAUUCGAGUCGAUCAGUUCCGACUGCACCCUCGACCCCAAGCACGUCGUCCAGACAAAGCUUUAUUUCCUGUGCGAUCAGAUGCUGCAUCAGAUGGGCAUUCCUAUCCCUGGCAACACAAACGCAAGUGGAAACGCAAACGAAGACACUGGAUCUUCUUCUUCUUCUUCUUCUUCUUCUCCUCCUCCCCCCGCUCCCAAUCCCUACGUCUCUGUCUUUGAAUCUGACACCGAGUCUGAGAGCGAGAGCGAUACCGAUUCGUUUGUGGUUGUCGAGACUGCCACCUCCUCCACUGAUGCCCCUGCGGCCGAGGAAGAAGCCCCCGCAGACGAUAAUGCAAAGCACUGUGCCGAGGAAGACUGCAUCCCCGUUGGCAUGUUUGGGUCUUCUCGUGUGACGGGGGGUUGUCCGUAUUGCGAGGGCGUGGAGGAAGGAGAUACCAUUACCGUUGGGGCUGUAUUUUGGCUCAGUGGGCUUGAUUUUAUGGGGGAUGCUAACGUGUCUCUCUCCUAG